GAAGAGAGAGUUGAAAGGAAAAGGAAAAGAAAAGAAAAGAAAGCAAAGCAAAGCAAAGCAAAGCAGAAGAGAGAGUGCGAGAAAGAUGGGUAAGAAGGAAGUGUUGUUGUUUGAGAUGCGAGCCUACUACUCCGGUAGAAAGGGAACCUUCUCCGUACUUCAUCUCUUUCUUCUUUUCAUUUUAAUCCUUCCCAGAAUUUAAAGUUUUCUUCUUUGCUUAAUCCACUGUUCUUAAAACUUCUUCUUAUUCUUCUGUUUCUGUUGAGCGAUUCAAACAAAGACUUCAACUUUUCGUGUUUUUAAUUCUGGGUUUUGAAGAAAGUUUGGUUUUUUGUUAAAGGGUAUUGGAAAUUUCAAACAUUUUUAAGUGGGGUGUAGUUUUUUUAUUUUUUUAAUUUGGUAGGAUUUUCAUUGUAAAUAGUAUCAUCAGAUUGGUGAAUAUUUUCAUCAUUAUUGCUCUUGUUUCCUCGUCUGAUAUUAUUUGAUAUCCAGGAGGAUUUGCAAAUCAUCAAAAAGUAAAGAAAAAACCAUAAAAAAAGGAAAUAAUUGAUCAUAAUUUGAAACAAUCCCCAAUUUUAGUGAGGGUUUUAUCCAAUACUCUUCACUUGAUUUCUUAUAUUUUUAAGGUAAUUUCAGUGAUCAGUGAUCAGAGAGUAUUCUGGUGCCAAAAAGGUUAGAGUUUUUAUUUGUUUUAGGCUUGUUUUGGUUUUGUGGAAGAAAUUGCCAAUACUGAAGUUAGGUUGAGUAGAGGAAAUAAGAGAACUGAGCUGAGUUCUCUGCUAGUUUCAUUGUUUAUGGGAAUACCUGAUAGGUCACUGCUAGAUCUGAUAGAAAAAGUUAGGUCUUGGGUUUCUUGGGGAGGAAGUGAUUUCGGUCGUGGCGAUUCGGGUGAAUUUGAUAUGCUCAAAAAGUGCUGUGAGUGCAAUAGGAAUAUGAGUUCCAAUGAAAUGAUUCAGUGCAAAUAUAAUUGUAAAAGCUGUGGCCGUUGGUUGUGUGUUAAGUGUGUCCAAGGUUGUGAUCUCCUCCCAAAUCUUGAAUCUGAUGAAUUCAGGGAAACCAUCAAUUCUUGCAAGUUCUGUUGUUCAGAUGUUAAUAGGAAAUGUGAGAAAGUGCAUCCUGCUGUGUCGCCACAAGAGAGUCCGCGGCAAAGUCCCGAGCCGCCUUCGCCUUGUUUUAGUGUUGAAAGUGAUAGAACCAAUUCUCCAAUGAAUCCUGGAUUGAAUCAGGGAAGUCACUUUGAACGCCAUUUGCACGACCAAGAUGAUCAUUCGAUGAUCAGUAGGAGUAUGAUCUCAUCUUGUAGUCAACCUUCUUCGGUAUCUACUCAUCCGUCCAACUUCAGGAGUGAUGAAGAAGGAAUGGAAGAUUCUGGGAAACACUUUCUCAGCCAAUCACGUACAUAUGGUGAUAAUUAUUCAGAUAUAGAUUCAAGUAGCGUUAGUGCUAGACUUGACACUUACCACUAUAAUUCUGUGGGUUCAAGUCCUUCUGAGAGUCCUUCUAGAAUUGGUUUUACUUCUAGUAGGGUUGGGCUUCUUCCUGUGCAGAAGGGGCAGGAGAAAAGCCCCGUCUCUCAGAAUGAGGGCUCCUUUGGUCAACAAAGUACGGCUGUUUUAGGAAAGCCUGAACAAAGGACUGAGGAUGCAUAUAAUACUGCUUAUUUUACUGAUGACUUGUCGAUUUUCCAAGACCAGAAUGAGAAUUCACAGAGGCCAUUGGAUUUUGAAAAUAAUGGUCUCAUUUGGUUCCCGCCACCGCCUGAUGAUGAAAAUGAUGAUGCAGAUGGUAAUUUCUUUUCAUAUGAUGAUGAAGAUGAUGAUAUUGGUGACUCUGGUGCUUUGUUCUCAUCCAGUAGCAGUCUAUCUAAUAUGUUUCCUGCAAAGCAGAAACAUAAUGAGGGAAACGACGAACCUUUAAGAUCUGUCAUUCAUGGGCAUUUUAGAGCUCUUGUUUCACAGCUUUUACAGGGAGAGGGAAUUGAAGUCGGUAAGGAAAAUGAUUCUGAGAACUGGCUUGACAUAGUUGCAAUGGUAGCAUGGCAGGCUGCUAACUUUGUUAGACCAGAUACUAGCAAAGGUGGAAGUAUGGAUCCUGGUGAUUAUGUAAAGGUUAAAUGUAUAGCAUCUGGAAGCCCUAGUGAGAGCACCCUUAUCAAAGGAGUUGUUUGUACUAAAAAUAUUAAGCAUAAACGCAUGACCUCUCAAUACAAAAAGCCUAGACUACUCCUUUUAGCUGGAGCACUGGAAUAUCAGAAAGUUCCAAAUCAACUGGCUUCUUUUGAUACAUUGUUGCAGCAGGAAAGUGAUCAUAUGAAGAAGAUCACUUCAAAAAUUGAGGCUCUUCGACCAAAUGUUUUGCUCGUAGAGAAAAGUGUCUCUUCAUGUGCCCAGGAAUUAUUGUUGACCAAGGAAAUUUCCCUGGUGUUGAAUGUUAAAAGGCCUGUGCUAGAGCGUAUAGCUCGCUGCACUGGUGCUCUUAUCACUCCAUCAGUGGAUAGUUUAUCUAAAGCACGAUUGGGGCACUGUGAAUUGUUCCGGUUAGACAGAAUAGUAGAAGAUCAUGAGACUGGUAAUCAUUCCAACAGAAAACCAUCCAAAACAUUAAUGUUUUUUGAAGGUUGUCCACGGCGCUUGGGUUGCACGGUCUUACUGAAGGGUACAUGCCAUGAAGAACUAAAGAAAAUUAAACAUGUUGUGCAAUAUGCAGUUUUUGCAGCCUAUCAUUUAUCUCUUGAGACCUCAUUCCUUGCUGAUGAGGGUGCUACUCUACCUAAGAUGAUGUUAAAACACUCAACGGACAUGCAAGUGAGUGCAACAGCUGAGUCUGACACUUCUAUGAUAACUAACACCCAUUCUUCUACCAUUUGCCAAUCAGAGGCUGAUGAUGCUUCCAGAGUGGAAGGCUCUGCUGGUCAUGAUUUGAAGAUUGAAAAUUUAGGAUCAUUGUCCGAUCAUCUUGAUGACUCUAGUUUUCAUCCAUCUGCAAGCACCAUGGUGGAUAGUAGUGUUGAGAAUGUGGUCUCUGAUUCAUUAGAUAAUAAUUUAACUUCUAAUUUGACUUUAGAAUCAGAUUAUUUCGAUCAGUGCAAUGAAUCGGACCCUAUAUCUUGGAACCCUUUGCAAACAGAUUUGCAAGAAACCACUGUUCUAGGGGAGAGGAAGUGUGAAGUUGCUGUGUCGACAAAAGACAAGAUUAAGGAGGAUGAGUUUUCUGGGGAAUACUUUUCUGCCACCGAUGGUCAUCAGAGCAUUUUGGUGUACUUUUCCAGUCACUGUGUAUCAAAAGGAACUGUAUGUGAACGCACUAAGUUGCUGCGAAUUAAAUUCUAUAGCUCUUUUGAUAAGCCACUUGGGAGAUAUCUUAGUGAUGAUCUGUUUGCUCAGAAAUCUUGCUGUCAGUCUUGUAAUGAGCCAGCAGAGGCUCAUGUCCUUUGUUUUACACACCAGCAAGGAAAUCUUACAAUCAAUGUUAGGCGCCUUCCAUCUGUUAAAUUACCCGGGGAAAUAGAUGGCAAGAUUUGGAUGUGGCACCGAUGUCUAAGGUGUCCUCAUGUGGAUGGAGUUCCACCAGCAACUCGGAGAAUUGUUAUGUCAGAUGCCGCAUGGGGGUUGUCUUUUGGAAAGUUCUUGGAACUUAGCUUUUCAAACCACGCAACUGCAAAUCGGGUUGCAUCCUGUGGACAUUCUUUGCAGAGAGACUGCCUCCGUUUUUAUGGGUUUGGGAGCAUGGUUGUUUUCUUCCGGUAUUCCUAUAUUGAUGUUCUUUCUGUCCAGCUACCCCCAUCUGUACUGGAAUUUGGCCAGAUCCAAGAAGAGUGGAUAAGAAAGGAUGCAGGAGAGCUUUUUAAUAAAGUGGAAACCCUGUAUGUGGAGAUAUCAAAUGUGCUUGAGCGUUUGGAAACAAUGAUUGCAUCUCCUGGUAUUGAAAAUGAGCUAUCAGAUAUAUGCGACAUUCGUAACCACAUACUGGAUCUGAAAGAUAUGCUUCAAAAAGAAAGAACAGAUUAUCGGUAUUUGCUACAAUCUGCCACAGUGGUUGCACAGACAGGGAAGAUGGCUUUAGACAUUCUUGAACUUAAUCGCUUGAAACGUGCACUUCUAAUUGGUGCACAUGUUUGGGAUCAUCGGCUAUACUCAUUGGACUCUCUCAUUAAAAGAAGUUUAGAUUCAUCCAGGGUUAGACACGAAAAUGAAUUAUGUGCAGAUGUUAAAGAGUUAAGAGUUUAUUCAUUUCACAAGGAUCAAAAUUUUGACUGUGGGCUUGAGCAAAAUAAUUGUCAGUCUUCAAAGUUGCAUCAGUCUCAUGAAAGUCAUAUGCUUGUAGAGCCGGAUGACUCACAUGAACCUGGUGCUUCUGAUGCAUUUACAUCUUAUCAUGAUGGAGAGGAACUGCAUUCAGAUGAUGAUUUCAUUACUGACACAACAUUAUCUGACUGUAUCCAACCAACUGAAUCCAAUCUUUCUGAGAAAAUAGAUUCUGCUUGGACGGGAACUGAUCUACCUAUUCACGCUAACCCUCCCUUUAAAAGGUUUCCACAACCAAUGAGAGUUCAAUCUUUUGAUUCAGCUUUAAGAGUUCAGGAGAGAAUCAGGAAACUCUUGCCCUCAUCCUUACAUUUAUCAACACGUAGAUCUUUUCAUGCUUCUGGAGAUUAUGGUAACAUGGUUAGAGACCCUGUUUCUAAUGUAUUGCAGCCUCACCUUCAAAUGUUGCCAUGGGAGGCACAGAAGAUAAAUCUGAUCCUAAGCUCCACGCCAUCUUUCAUUUCCUCCAUUUCUCACAUAGCUGAAGGUGCUCGGUUGCUGCUUCCCCAAACAUGUCAUGGUGAUAGAGUUAUUGCUGUGUAUGACAAUGAUUAUGCUAGCAUAAUAGCCCAUGCCCUUAGUUCCAAGGAAUAUAAAGAUUGGGUUUCUGGUAAGUCAGAUCUGAAUGAUUGUAGCUGGGUUACUCGAGAGAGAACCAAAGAGGAUUUAGCUACUUCCAGCUUUUCUGCAUGGGGGGGUGCUCUGGACUUGGAUUAUAUGAAUUAUGGAGGUUAUGGGUCUGAAGAUACUUCAUCUUCGAUUGGAUCUAUUAUCAGGGAACCUAAAAAAUCUGUACACUUGCAAAUUUCUUUUGCUGAUGAUUCUUUGGGCGCCGGAGGUAAAGUGAAUUUUUCUGUGACGUGCUAUUUUGCAAAGCAGUUUGAAUCACUUAGGAAAAGGUGCUGCCCUAAUGAAAUUGAUUUUGUGCGAUCCUUGAGCCGUGGUCAGAGAUGGAGUGCACAAGGAGGGAAAAGUAAUGUAUAUUUUGCCAAGUCAUUAGAUGAGAGGUUUAUUAUUAAGCAAGUAACCAAGACAGAAUUGGAUUCCUUUGAAGUAUUCGCACCUCAAUAUUUCAAAUAUCUGAUGGAUGCCCUCAAAUCAGGAGGCCCAACUUGCCUUGCCAAAAUUCUUGGUAUUUAUCAGGUCACUGUCAAAUACGCAAAAGGUGGCAAGGACACAAAGCUAGAUCUGAUGGUGAUGGAGAAUCUAUUUUACAAAAGAAACAUAUCCAGGGUAUAUGAUCUGAAGGGCUCAGAAAGAUCUAGGUACAAUGCAGAUACAACUGGGACAAACAAAGUCAUGCUAGACAUGAAUUUGUUGGAAUCACUGAGAACAAAACCCAUGUUUCUUGGGAGUAAGGCCAAGAGAAAACUCGAGAGAGCUGUAUGGAAUGACACAUCCUUUUUGGCGUCUGUUGAUGUUAUGGAUUACUCAUUGCUGGUUGGAGUGGAUGAAGAGAAGAAUGAACUGGUUUUGGGCAUAAUUGAUUACAUGAGGCAAUACACAUGGGACAAGCAUUUGGAGACAUGGGUGAAGGCAUCUGGGAUACUUGGGGGUCCAAAGAAUGCUUCUCCCACAAUAGUUUCCCCUAAACAGUACAAGAAAAGAUUCAGGAAGGCCAUGACUACUUACUUUCUCACCUUACCUGAUCAGUGGUCAUCUUGAAUUCUAUUCUUUUCUUUAGACAUGCAUCCAUGGUGAAUACUGCUUUGGAUGCAUCUAGCUCUAUUUUUUAUUUAUUAUAUCAACACUGAUGGAAAAUAUUGUAAUUUUUAAUAAUAAAUAUUUUGUUCUUACUGAUUAAUGCUAAUGUUUGGAUCAUUCUUUCUA